AUGAGCAAGAUGGCGGCGGUCGUGGAAAGUGGAGAAGAUGCAUUUAAGCAACUUUUCAAGUUUUACAAGCGCAGAAAACCUCCGCCAGACUUCAGCGACGUGAUCGACUUCUCUGAGCACCGUUGUACUGGAAAGGUGGUCCCGCUCAAACUGAACCCCUCUGCAGUCUGUGAUGCAGCAGCCUACAGAGUGGGUCUCCAUCCAGCCCGGGACUGGAGAGCCUAUGGCCUGCAAGGAUACCCAGGUUUUGUCUUUAUCUCAAACCCUUUUCGGAAAGGCUCUCAGCCCUUCUGGAUCCGACAGUGCCUCAAGACUUAUCCACAGAAGCCAAACGUGUGCAACCUGGACAUGCACAUGUCUCUGUGUGACACUCAGGACAUCUGGCAGCGCAGCGUGCACAGUCUCAGCUCACCGUCCCUUCCCAGACGCCAAGAGAAGAGUCUGUUGGAGCGACUGCGCUGGGUCACUUUAGGCUAUCACUACAACUGGGACACCAAGCUGUACUCUGCAGAGCACCACACCCCGUUCCCUUCUGACCUGGAGACCCUGUCGCAGCAGAUUGCUCUGGGCUGUGGCUUCAGCGACUUCGAGCCUCAGGCAGGAAUCCUCAACUACUACAGAAGCGACUCCUCUCUGGGCAUCCACGUGGACGAGUCUGAGCUGGACCACAGCCGCCCUCUCCUGUCGUUCUGUUUUGGGCAGUCGGCUGUGUUUCUCCUCGGGGGUACGCAGCGCCAGGACCCCCCCACAGCGAUGUACAUGCACAGCGGGGACGUGAUGGUGAUGUCGGGACAGAGCCGCCUUUUGUACCACGCCGUACCCCGGAUCCUCCCCGCCCCGCCGGCACUCCUGAGCCCUGAGCUCCAGAACCUCCCCGCCUCCACCCCCCCUGAGCAGCAGCAGCAGCAGCAGCAGGCCCCUCCCUCAGAGCUGGAGCCCGUGUCGGAGCAGGACUGGGCCGUCUGCCUGAGGUACAUCCAGAGCUCCAGGAUAAACGUCACCGUCAGACAGGUGCUGGGGGCCGGACAGAGCUUCCCACAGAGAUGA